UCUCUAAAAGUUACUGAAUGAAUAUCAACAGACACAGGACCAAUGCUUCACAUUUCAAGGGCCAAACUUUUAUUUUUGUUCUAAUGGCAGCUGCAACCACAAAGCUGGGGAGAGCUCUGCAACAAAGGCGCACCUUCGUCAAUGCUAGAGUCAAAUGGGUUUGUGAUCAUUACCUCGACGAAGUUGUUCAACGAGAGAAAAACCUCAAGCAAGUUCUCUCCCUCAAGGAUCGAAUCGUAUCGUCUCCGUCCAAAUCACUCCCUCUCUCUUCCCUCUCACUCCUCAAGCCUCUCGUCAAUCUCCACAUAACCGCCGCCGUGUUUCUCCAGAAAUACCCUUCUCUGUUCACCACUUUUCAGCCUGCUCCUUCUCACCCUCUCCACGUGCGCCUCACUCCCCAAGCUCUAUCCCUCCACAAAGAAGAAGAGAUGAUUCACCUCUCGCCACCUCACCGCAACGCCACCGUUCAACGGCUGGCGAAAUUCUUAAUGCUAACGGGAGCCGGAAGUCUUCCCCUCAAUGUCGUCGAUCGUUUCAGGUUCGAUUUGGGUCUCCCUCACGAUUACAUUACUUCGCUGAUUGGCGAUUACCCGGAUUAUUUUGAAGUAACGGAGAUCAGAGAUCGGUUAACGGGUGAACAGACGCUUGCUUUGGCGGUUUCUUCGCGGUGGAGCAGCCUCGCUGUGUCGGAAAUGGAGAGAAGAGAAGCCAUCGUUGAUGGUUUUCGUGUGAAAAAGGGGUUGCCUAUAAGGUAUUCGAUGAAUUUCCCCAAAGGGUACGAGUUGGAUAAACGAGUGAAAGAAUGGGUUGAGCAAUGGCAAAAUCUUCCUUACAUCUCACCUUAUGAAAAUGCCUUUCACUUGGGGUCGAGCAGUGAUCAGGCUGAGAAGUGGGCGGUCGCAGUACUUCAUGAGCUUCUGUGCAUCUUAGUAUCGAAGAAGACUGAGACAGACAAUGUGCUUUGCUUAGGUGAGUAUUUAGGGUUCGGGAUACGGUUCAAGAAGGCUUUAGUGCACCACCCGGGUAUAUUUUAUAUGUCGCACAAGAUUCGGACCCAAACUGUUGUCCUAAGGGAAGCUUACCACAAAGUUUUCUUGAUAGAGAGACAUCCAUUGAUGGGGAUGAGACCUAGGUACUUGUAUCUUAUGAGCAAAUCGGGGAAGGUAAAGAAACGAGACUAUGUGCAUGGAAUUGAGAGAAGCAACCAAAAAAAGAGAGCAAUCAAAGCUUGUGAAGAUGGAGAAAUUUAUGCACAUAGCAGCCGGUGAUCACACAGGAUAGUCAUAUAGCCGGAAUUCAUAAUGGAAGUGAAUGAGAUUCUAUGACUGGGUUAAGUAAGGACAGCUGAAUUGACUGUCCAAGCACAUUUUCAGGUGUGAAGGCCUGAAUUAGCUUCUUGUAGACUCAGUUGGACAAUUGGAGUAAACAUAAAUCAGAGGUUUUGCUGUGAAAGCCAGAAGGGUCUUGCAUAUUAGCUAGAGCAUUGGAUUGUAACCGCUGUCAAUAGAAUAGCUGCAUAGCGGAUCCAACUGCUCUUGCUUUCGCACAGAAAGCUGAAUUGACUUUGUAUGAGUUAAGGUAAGGUUGACAAGUUUGCAUAUGGAAGAUUUUAUAGUGAAGGCCAUGCCAAGUAAAACGGAUGCCGAGAACGCAGUUUAUAAACCUGCACUUUGGAAGACACGACGGCUGUAUGUCUCGAAUAAGCAUGGCAAGAGAUGAAAGUCAGAGUAAAAUGGCAGGUACCAGUCCCGACCAAACACUUGACCAUAAUUUUUAUUACAUUGACUUAGUUGGACUACAAGCUCAGCUCACAGUUGGCAAACCUAUUUCCACUAGCCAUUUUAUUGUUUCUUUGUAAUAGAGAGGCUUGGUUUUUUAAGCUCUGAGAAUGAAUGAAACCUGAGGAAAAAUUUGCAGAUCCAACAAUUCUUUAUUCUUUCAUUAUCU